AUUACAAACUGAGGGGUUUACAAGUUGUACGUUACACAAAGUUUUUUAUGUGAAGACCAUUGACAAAAGUAUAUAUUAACAGCAUUAAGUUAACUAAUCGGAGCUAAAAUAACACCUUAGAUAUUUUGCGAAAAGUUCACAAUUCAGUGGAAAGUAACAUGUAUGUUAUCAACCAGGUGAAAAUUGUCAAUAUUUGUCCCUAAAAUGUUUAAAAUCGAUGAGAAUAUCUGUUACAUAGUGUAGUGAAUUUUAGAUUAUGCUGACAUACUCGCUUCUGAAGCAGAUCGUGUGUCGAAGUACUGAGUGUCAUACACUACGUGGUCACGAGUGUUUAGUAAAGUUUAGUAAUGUUUACCCUUUCCUACUCUCACACAAAAUAUCAACCCUAAGUUCCUCAAGUUUUUAAACAGAAAGUUGGCAAGAUAUCGCAUCGUUGCUCACGUCGAUUCACAUUGGAAACUUUUCCCUCACUUUGUAAACCCUAACUCAAAAGUCCAUUUUAACUCUUAUUACCGAACCCUAACCUUUUUGCAUUAUGACAUGUCAGUUGGUGAUAAGAAAUUUUUGGAAUGAUAGCAUUAACCAAAAAUACUGGUCAGGCUCCCAGUGUAUGUAUGAGUGGACUUCCUUUUUCUCUUUACUAGAAGGGACAUUUUGAUUUGUGACGGUUAAUUAUUACGAUCAAAACUGUUUUUCCACUCUUAUUUCACCAUGUCGAUUAGAAAGCAUUACUUGUAUGAAGACUAUCUGUUUGCUAAAUAUCAUCUGAUGAAACUGAAUUCAUCAUGUCUAUAAAAUAUUCAAAUCUCUUUUUUACCUUAUUUAUUUUUAUUUUAACACAGGUAUUAGUACAAUCAGGCACCAAAUACAUAUGCGCCACACUAAUCUCAUUCGAUAUGUGUGAGGGCUGUGAUACUGCCCAGGUGCCCAAACCGAUUUGGGUUGAUUUCUCAUGUCGAACAUAUCAUUGUUGUACGGUAGUUUAGGUAAACGAUUCUUUAGAAAACAUUAUUUUAAGAAUCAUUGAAGUUUUACACUAUUGUUUCAUCACACCACGCUUACCAGUUUUUAGAGUUUUAUUAACUAAGUAAUGAAAAUCAUAAGUACUUCAAAUAUGGUAUAUAUAUGUAUCGGUGUAAAUCACCUCAUCAUAGCAUCACAGUGUGGUAAUAUUGUAAAGAGUGAUAGAAGUAGUACCAGUACUAGUGAUAGAAAAUAUUAGACGUAGACAUUGUUAUUCGAGAGGAAUAAAUGAUUUCACGAAACUAAAAGUUUAAGACAGUUUUGUUACCCAGUCUAAUUUAUGACGGAGUGAAUGCAUCUGCUCCAUUGUGACAAGUCAAUCACGUUAAACCAAUUCAUCAUCUUACGUUGAAAAUUCACAUGCCCGAAAAUCCCAUAAAAUGUGGUCGGCUGUAACUCCUUUUUCAUCGAUUGUGUUCUGCCACGCAGAUUUUUUCGAGGCCUCUAUUGCUUUAUAGAUUAAGGUCUCAAUCAGUAAGGCUAGACUUCUCUGUUGCCUCACUUGAGCAGUACUUUUACGAUUUGAUAAAAGCUCGUUUUCUCUUUUAUUAUCUCAAUCCUUCCGAGAUAGAUAAAAGUCAGCUAAGGCAAGUUAGGAAUAUGGUUACGGUGCUUUACGAAACUGUAUUUAUUCAAAAUAUUUUCCCCGGAACAAACUUAAACAAUGUUUGUUAAUGAAGUAACAUCUAGUUGGGAUAUAUAUAUAUACCAGUAACUGGUUUCUUGUACUGUGAUCGUUAUUGAAGUCCAACAUUAUGAAUAAUAUCUACCACUAUUAUUCUCCUUCCAGCUUAUUCUUCUUGAAUUUCCCAGUAGCUACCGCCUUAAGUCUUACGUUAGACUGUGUUAACAACAAAUGCUCUAUCUUUUUAUAGCCAUUACAGUAAAAAGAAAAGUUCACAUAUUGUGAUUUUCCCACCCAUUUGUUUUGGCGAUGGAGAGUAAAUCUGAAAAGAAUCCUGAUAUUGAACUGACUCAGUCGGAUAUUUCCAAGACCCGUCAAGCACCCUUUGGUGAAGACAAUGAGUAUAUAGUCAAUAAAGAUACUGACAGUAUUUUAAAAAAUACAAAUGAAUCUAAUAAAAGGUGGCGACUUGAAGGUGUAAAUAUAGUUGUAUUGUCUGUGAUAGUCUUAUCGACUGCUAUAACUAUAGCUUUAAUUUUCAGCAUUAUUUUUGGACAGCCUCAGGUUGUACCUCAAGGUGCUGUUGCAGUUGACGAUGACUUCUGUGGUCAAAUAGGCCUAAAUAUAAUGCGAAAAGACAAAGGGAACGCUGUUGAUGCGAUGGUAUCUGUUAUGUUAUGCUUAACUGUAACUCGCCCUGAUGUUGCAAGUUUAGGAGGAUGUGGCGCUGUACUAGUUCGUGAUCGUAAUAAACAAUUAAGUCACUUAUUUGACUUCACUUGCCCUGUUCGUAAUAGUGCUACAGAACGAGAUAAACCAGAUAAAAAUAAACCUGCAAGUUUAGUAGGUAUCCCUUCUCUAGUACGUGGUCUUGCAGCUAUGCAUCAACAAUUUGGUUCAUUAAAAUGGUCGGAUCUUUUCACUGGUGCGAUCGAUUUAACUAAAAAGGGUUUCAUGCCUAGUAAAUCUUUAAUCGAAGCCGCAAAUAAAUUAAGAACAUUAAAUUCACCAGACUUUUUAAAACCAAUUUUAAAUCAAUUAAUCGAUGAAAAUACUCCAUAUUCUCCGUCGAUUGACUUACGUAAUACAUUACAACAUUUAGCUAAUCAACGUGAUGAAUACUUUUAUAAUACUAAUGAGAAUACAUUCAAUAAACAAUUUGUUGAUUAUAUGAAACAACAAGAUUCUCAAUGGUCAUUAGAAGAUUUGAAGAACUAUACAGUUAGUCGUCCAAAUUCAAUCAAAAUGGGUUUCGCUGGUUUUACACUGGAAUCAUUUCCACCUCCAUUAGUUGGUGGUCCGUAUAUUUUACUCUUACUGAGCAAUUUAGAUCUUAAAGAUACACUCACUCCACUUGAUCAUAAAGCAUUACUCAAACAAGAUCCAGUUGUGACUGCUGUCUACUUGCAUCGUCUUAUGGAACUGGCUCGUUUAGCUGAAGCAUCAGUUACUACACUUGGAGAUCUGAGUGAUCCUACAAUAAGUGUAGCAGCUGCAUCUGCUCUGGACAGUAUCUUCUCAAAGUCUGUACGUGAAUCCACUGUAGCUAGUAUUCUAGAUGAUCGUGUGGUGAAGGAACAUUCACAACUAGACGUCCUUCAAACAACUUCUGAAGGUGCCAGUAUCGGUAGCACAGGUAUUGUAAUAACUGAUUCAACUAGUUUUACUGUUGUUGGUAAUAUAUUCAUGGGUUCACCAUUUGGUAAUGGACAAAUUGUACCUGGUACAGGUGUACACUUGAAUUCAGUGUUACAAUUAUUCUCAGAAAUAAAAUUGAAUAAAUUUGCUCCUGGACGUCGUCCUCUUAUUCCACUUGGACCAAUUUAUUUAUCAGCUACACAUAGAAAAUGUGGUAUACGUGCAGGUAUUGUUUCAUUUGAUGGAUUAUGGGGUCUUACAGAUGCAGCACAAGUAAUAAGUAAUGCAGCAUUAUUUUUACGUGGUUCACAAUGUUAUACACCUAUUACAUUACGACAAUUUACUUCUAUUUCUACAAUUAAUAAUAUUAAAGAACAAACUUCUAUGAUAUCAAUCAUUGGUGGUAGUCAUAGUAGAUUUAAUCCAGCUAUUGAAAAAAAUUGUAUUAAUUCAACUUAUUCUAUUCAAUUAACUCGAAUACAUCCUAAUUAUAAUAUUACUAUACCAGGUAGUAUUACUAUGGAAUAUAAAUUAAAUCAUCCAUCAAAUUUUAUCAAUAAAUUAAAACAAUUAAAUUAUAAUAUACAAUUAUUAUUAUUACCAAAUCAAUGGCCUAGUUGUGUUUUUUUAACUGGUUGGAAUGGUUAUGAUAUGAUUACUUCAGGAGAUUAUCGUUCAUUAAAUAGUAAAACAUUAUAUACAUUUUAAAAGGAAAAAAAAGAAAGAAAAGAAGAAAAUUAUUCUCUUCAUAGUUUUCUUUUCUUUUUUUCUCUACAAUUUCUUUUUUUUGUGGCAUUUCAUUGUUUCUAUGGGAUUUUCUUUUUCUUCAUAUUUAAUAAUAUAAAUUUGAAAUGGCUGUGACUAAUUCAAUUAAUUUUAUUUCUUUAGUAUCCUUUACCAUCUAUAUAUUACAUCAUGAUCAUCGACAUCAUGAAUCUCUUAUAUCGUAAGUGUCUUCAUGAUUGUUCCGUUUUUUUUCCUUUUGUUUUGUAAUUUGUUCCAUUUUAUUUGUUUUUUCUCGUUUACUUAUUUGUUUAUGGUGUAUACAUUUGAUGUUUUUUUUGCAUUUCUUUUGUUCUUUUCUGGCUGUGUAUCAUUUCUUCUUUUUUCUAUGAAUUAACUGUUACAUAUCACUGUAUUCGUUUCUAUCGUUUUGUUUGAAAGAAAUAAAGAUCUAUUACAUU